UUAAACUUGUAAAAAGAUGACCGACCUCUUGAGAAGUGUUGUCACCGUCAUUGAUAUUUUCUAUAAAUACACCAACCAAGAUGGAGAGUGUAGCACACUGAGCAAGGAUGAGCUAAAGGAACUUCUUGAGAAAGAGUUUCGUCCAAUUCUGAAGAACCCAGAUGAUCCAGACACAGUGGAUGUCAUCAUGCAUAUGCUGGAUAGAGAUCAUGAUCGAAGACUGGACUUUACUGAGUUUCUUCUGAUGAUAUUCAAGCUGGCUAUGGCCUGCAACAAGGUUCUCAGCAAAGAAUACUGCAAAGCUUCAGGGUCAAAGAAGCGUAGGCAUGGUCACCGACACCAAGAGGAAGAAAGUGAAACAGAAGAGGAAGAAGAGACACCAGGACAGAAAUCAGGUUACAGACAUUCAAGUUGGAGUGAGGGAGAGAAGUAUGGAUAUAAUUCUGGGGGCUUGAGGGAAACUAGAAAACAUAGACAUGGGUCCAACUCUAGGAGGCUGGGAAGGCGAGGUGAUUUGUCCAGCUCAGAGAAUCAAGAGGGAUCUGAGAAAAGACGCCGUGGGUCUAGCUCUGGUCAUUCAUGGAGUAGUGGCAAAGACAGACAUGGUUCCAGCUCUGGAGAGCUGGAAGAAAAAAGAAGCAAGUCACAUGUUCGCCCCUCUAGGGAAUCUGGGGAGGAAUAUGAAUCUGGAUCUGAAUCAGAGAGUUGGGGAAGGAAAGGACAGAGUGGUCUGUCACAUGAAUUGGAGACCAAUGGGCAUGAAUCAAACUCUACUCAGUCAAGAAGGACUGGAGGACAUCUUGAGUGUAGCUCUGCAGGUUCAGGAGAUAGUGUGAGGCAAAGUCAUGUAUGUGGUUACAGCAAUUCAGGAGGGUGUGGAAGGCCACAAAAUGCUUCUAGUUCUUGUCAGACAAGUAGAUUUGGAGUACAAGGAAAUCAAUCUAGCUGUACCCAACCAGACUGUCAACCAGGAAGUAGUGGAGGACAAGGUCAUGGGUGUAUCUCAGAAGGUCAGUCCUCUGGAUAUGGUCAACUUGAGCCUAGAUCCUGUAGCCAGUCUCCUAGUAGGAGAAGAUAUGGAUCUAGAGAAUGUGGUCAAGCACAGAACUGUGGAGGACAACAGGGAACAGGCUCAAGUCAGUCCUCUUGCCAUGAACAAUAUGGGUCAGGAACAAGUCAAUGUUCUAGUUAUGGUCAACAUAGAUCAGGUUCCUGUGGACGCUAUUCAAACUCGCAUCAAAAAGGGUCCUGUUCAAAAGAAUUUUCCAAAUGUGGUCAACGUGGGUCUGGUUCAGGUCAGUCCUGUACCUAUGAACAACAUAGAACAGGCUUAAGUCAGCCCUCUGGCUAUAGACAACAUGGAUCUAGAUCAUGUCAGCCUGGCUGUGGACAACAAGGGUCGGGAUCAAGUCAGUCAUUUGGCUAUGGCAAACAUGGGACUAGCUCAGGUCAGUCAUCUGGCUUUGAAAAACAUGGGUCUGGCUCGGGUCAGUCCUCUGGCUUUGGACAGCAUGGGUCUGGCUCAGGCCAGUCGUCUGGCUAUGACCAGCAUGGAUCUGGCUCAGGCCAGUCCUCUGGCUAUGGCCAGCAUGGGUCUGAAUCAGGUCAGACGACUGGCUAUGGCCAGCACGGGUCUGGCUCAGCCCAGUCCUCUGGCUACGGCCAGCAUAGGUCUGGAUCAGGUCAGUCGUCAGGCUACGGCCAGCAAGGGACUGGAUCAGGUCAGUCGUCUGGCUAUGGCCAGCAUGGGUCUGGGUCAGGUCAGUCAUCAGGAUAUGGCCAGCAAGGGACUGGAUCAGGUCAGUCCUCUGGCUACGGCCAGCACGGGUCUGGAUCAGGUCAGUCGUCAGGCUACGGCCAGCAAGGGACUGGAUCAGGUCAGUCGUCAGGCUACGGCCAGCAAAGGACUGGAUCAGGUCAGUCCUCUGGCUACGGCCAGCACGGGUCUGUAUCAGGUCAGUCGUCAGGCUACAGCCAGCAAGAGACUGGAUCAGGUCAGUCAUCUGCCUAUGGCCAGCACGGGUCUGGAUCAGGUCAGUCGUCAGGAUAUGGCCAGCAUGGGACUGGAUCAGGUCAGAUAUCUGGCUACGGCCAGCAUGGGUCUGGAUCAGGUCAGUCGUCAGGCUACGGCCAGCAAGGGACUGGAUCAGGUCAGUCUUCUGGCUACGGCCAGCACGGGUCUGGCUCAAGCCAGUCGUCUGGCUACGGCCAGCACAGGUCUCGUUCAGGCCAGUCCUCUGGCUACGGCCAGCACGGGUCUAGCUCAGGUCAGCCUUCUGGCUACAGCCAGCACAGGUCUGGCUCAGGUCAGUCUUCUGGCUACGGCCAGCACGGGUCGGGCUAUGGUCAGUCUUCUGGCUAUGGCCAGCACGGGUCGGGCUAUGGUCAGUCUUCUGGCUAUGGCCAGCAGGGGUCAGGCUCAGGUCAGUCGUCCGGCUAUGGACACUAUGGAUCUGGAUCAGGUCAUUCGUCUGGCCACAGCCAGCAUGGGUCUGGCUCAGCCCAGUCCUCUGGCUAUGGCCAGCAUGGGUCUGGCUCAGGUCAGACGUCUGGCUACAGCCAGCAUGGGUCUGGAUCAGGUCAGUCGUCAGGAUACGGCCAGCACGGGUCAGGCGCAGGCCAGUCGUCUGGCUACGGCCAGCAUGGGUCUGGCUCAGGCCUGUCCUCUGGCUACGGCCAGCACGGGUCUGGAUCAGGUCAGUCGGCAGGAUAUGGCCAGCACGGGUCUGGCUCAGGCCUGUCCUCUGGCUAUGGCCAGCACGGGUCUGGCUCAGGUCAGUCGUCUAGCUAUGGCCAGCACGGGUGUGGCUCAGGUCAGUCGUCAGGAUACGCCCAGCAUGGGACUGGCUAUGGUCAGUCUUCUGGCUACGGCCAGCAUGGGUCGGGCUCAGGUCAGUCAUCUGGCUAUGGCCAGCACGGGUCUGGCUCAGCCCAGGCCACUGGCUAUGGCCAGCAUGGGUCUGGCUCAGGUCAGUCCUCUGGUUAUGGCCAGCACGAGUCUGGCUCAGGCCAGUCGUCUGGCUACAGCCAGCAUGGGUCUGGGUCAGGUCAGUCAUCUGGCAAUGGCCAGCAAGGGUCGGGCUAUGGUCAGUCUUCUGGCUAUGGAUAUUAUGGGUCUGGAUCGGGUCACUUGUCUGGCUAUGGCCAACAUGGGUCUGUAUCAGGUCAGUCAUCUAGCUAUGGCCAACACGGGUCUGCAUCAGGUCAGCUGUCAGGCUAUGGCCAAAAUAGUUCUGGAUCAGGUCAGUCAUCUGGCUAUAGCCAACAAGGACAGGUCAUGAACAGUCUACAAAGUCAGGGUCCACUACAACUGGACGAAGGAGAUCUAGUCGCUUCCAAACCAGUGACAGUGAAGAACACUCUAGAGUCUCACACAGACACUCAGAAUCCACUCAUGGCCAGCAUGGAGUGCAACAUGGAGAGUCAGGAUCCUCAGUUCAACAGAGACAGGGAACUACUCAAAGACAGUCAGGAGAUAGUACGAGACAUGGGCAGUCUGGUCAUGAGCAGUACCCAAGGUCAGGGUCCAGUUCAACUGGAGGAAGGGGAUCUAAUCACAGCCAGGUCAGCGAUAGUGAAGAGCACUCCGGAGUCACAAACAGACACUCAGAAUCCACUCAUGGCCAGCACGGAGUUCAACAUGGAGAGUCAGGAUCCUCAGUUCAAGGGAGUCAGGGAACUACUCACAGACAGGCAGGAGACACCACUAGACACGGCCAGUCUGGUCAUGAGCAGUACCCAAGGUCAGGGUCCAGUACAACUGGAGGGAGGGGUUCUAGUCACAGGCAGGCCAGUGACAGUGAAGAGCACUCCGGAGUCUCACACAGACACUCAGAAUCCACUCAUGGCCAGCAUGGAGUUCAACAUGGAGAGUCAGGAUCCUCAGUUCAAGGGAGACAGGGAACUACUCAUAGACAGGCUGGAGACACCACUAGACAGGGCCAGUCUGGUCAUGAGCAGUACCCAAGGUCAGGGUCCAGUACAACUGGAAGAAGGGGGUCUAGUGAAAGCCAGGCCAGUGACAGUGAAGAGCACUCCAGAGUCUCACACAGACACUCAGAAUCCACUCAUGGCCAGCAUGGAGUUCAACAUGGAGAGUCAGGAUCCACCGUUCAAGGCAGACAGGGAGCUACUCCUAGACAGUCUGGAGACACCACUAGACAUGGGCAGUCUGGUCAUGAGCAGUACCCAAGGUCAGGGUCCAGUUCAACUGGAGGAAGGGGAUCUAGUCACAGCCAGGUCAGCGAUAGUGAAGAGCACUCCGGAGUCUCACACAGACACUCAGAAUCCACUCAUGGCCAGCAUGGAGUUCAACAUGGAGAGUCAGGAUCCUCAGUUCAAGGGAGACAGGGAACUACUCACAGACAGGCAGGAGACACCACUAGACAGGGCCAGUCUGGUCAUGAGCAGUACCCAAGGUCAGGGUCCAGUUCAACUGGAGGAAGGGGAUCUAGUCACAGCCAGGUCAGCGAUAGUGAAGAGCACUCCGGAGUCUCACAAAGACACUCGGAAUCCACUCAUGGCCAGCACGGAGUUCAACAUGGAGAGUCAGGAUCCUCAGUUCAAGGGAGAGAGGGAACUACUCACAGACAGUCAGGAGGUAGUACGAGACAUGGCCAAUCUGGUCAUGAGCAGUACCCAAGGUCAGGGUCCAGUUCAACUGGAGGAAGGGGGUCUAGUCAAAGCCAGGUCAGUGACAGGGAAGAGGACUACGGAGUCUCACACAGACACUCAGAAUCCACUCAUGGCCAGCACGGAGUUCAACACGGAGAGUCAGGAUCCUCAGUUCAAGGGAGACAGGGAACUACUCAUAGACAGUCUGGAGACACCACUAGACAUGGGCAGUCUGGUCAUGAGCAGUACCCAAGGUCAGCGUCCAGUUCAACUGGAGGAAGGGGAUCUAGUCACAGCCAGGUCAGCGAUAGUGAAGAGCACUCCGGAGUCUCACACAGACACUCAGAAUCCACUCAUGGCCAGCAUGGAGUUCAACAUGGAGAGUCAGGAUCCUCAGUUCAAGGGAGACAGGGAACUACUCACAGACAGGCAGGAGACACCACUAGACAUGGGCAGUCUGGUCAUGAGCAGUACCCAAGGUCACGGUCCAGUACAACUGGAGGGAGGGGUUCUAGUCACAGGCAGGCCAGUGACAGUGAAGAGCACUCCGGAGUCUCAAACAGACACUCAGAAUCCACUCAUGGCCAGCAUGGAGUUCAACAUGGAGAGUCAGGGUCCAGUACAACUGGAAGAAGGGGGUCUAGUGAAAGCCAGGCCAGUGACAGUGAAGAGCACUCCGGAGUCUCACACAGACACUCAGAAUCCACUCAUGGCCAGCAUGGAGUUCAACAUGGAGAGUCAGGAUCCACCGUUCAAGGGAGACAGGGAACUACUCAUAGACAGUCUGGAGACACCACUAGACAUGGGCAGUCUGGUCAUGAGCAGUACCCAAGGUCAGGGUCCAGUUCAACUGGAGGAAGGGGAUCUAGUCACAGCCAGGUCAGCGAUAGUGAAGAGCACUCCGGAGUCUCACACAGACACUCAGAAUCCACUCAUGGCCAGCAUGGAGUUCAACAUGGAGAGUCAGGAUCCUCAGUUGAAGGGAGACAGGGAACUACUCACAGACAGGCAGGAGACACCACUAGACAGGGCCAGUCUGGUCAUGAGCAGUACCCAAGGUCAGGGUCCAGUUCAACUGGAGGAAGGGGAUCUAGUCACAGCCAGGUCAGCGAUAGUGAAGAGCACUCCGGAGUCUCACACAGACACUCAGAAUCCACUCAUGGCCAGCAUGGAGUUCAACAUGGAGAAUCAGGAUCCUCAGUUGAAGGGAGACAGGGAACUACUCACAGACAGGCAGGAGACACCACUAGACAGGGCCAGUCUGGUCAUGAGCAGUACCCAAGGUCAGGGUCCAGUUCAACUGGAGGAAGGGGAUCUAGUCACAGCCAGGUCAGCGAUAGUGAAGAGCACUCCGGAGUCUCACAAAGACACUCAGAAUCCACUCAUGGCCAGCACGGAGUUCAACAUGGAGAGUCAGGAUCCUCAGUUCAAGGGAGAGAAGGAACUACUCACAGACAGUCAGGAGAUAGUACGAGACAUGGCCAAUCUGGUCAUGAGCAGUACCCAAGGUCAGGGUCCAGUUCAACUGGAGGAAGGGGGUCUAGUCAAAGCCAGGUCAGUGACAGGGAAGAGGACUACGGAGUUUCACACAGACACUCAGAAACCACUCAUGGCCAGCAUGGAGUUCAACAUGGAGAGUCCAGAUCCUCCGUUCAAGGGAGACAGGGAAGUACUCACAGACAGUCAGGAGAUAGCACGAGACAUGGGCAGUCUGGUCAUGAGCAGUACCCAAGGUCAGGGUCCAGGACAACUGGAGGAAGGGGAUAUAGUCAAAGCCAGGUCAGUGACAGGGAAGAGCACUCAGGAGUCUCAAACAGACACUCAGAAUCUACCCAUGGCCAGCAUGGAGUUCAACAUGGAGAGUCAGGAUCCUCAGUUCAAGGGAGACAGGGAACUACUCACAGACAGGCUGGAGACACCACUAGACAGGGCCAGUCUGGUCAUGAGCAGUACCCAAGAAUCCACUCAUGGCCAGCACGGAGUUCAACAUGGAGAGUCAGGGUCCUCAGUUCAAGGGAGACAGGGAACUACUCAUAGACAGGCAGGAGAGACCACUAGACAUGGGCAGUCUGGUCAUGAGCAGUACCCAAGGUCAGGGUCCCGUUCAACUGGAGGAAGGGGAUCUAGUCACAGCCAGGUCAGCGAUAGUGAAGAGCACUCCGGAGUCUCACACAGACACUCAGAAUCCACUCAUGGCCAGCACGGAGUACAACAUGGAGAGUCAGGAUCCUCAGUUCAAGGGAGACAGGGAACUACUCACAGACAGUCAGGAGACACCACUAGACAUGGCCAGUCCGGUCAUGAGCAGUACCCAAGGUCAGGGUCCAGUACAACUGGAAGAAGGGGGUCUAGUGAAAGCCAGGCCAGUGACAGUGAAGAGCACUCCGGAGUCUCACACAGACACUCAGAAUCCACUCAUGGCCAGCAUGGAGUUCAACAUGGAGAGUCAGGAUCCACCGUUCAAGGGAGACAGGGAACUACUCAUAGACAGUCUGGAGACACCACUAGACAUGGGCAGUCUGGUCAUGAGCAGUACCCAAGGUCAGGGUCCAGUUCAACUGGAGGAAGGGGAUCUAGUCACAGCCAGGUCAGCGAUAGUGAAGAGCACUCCGGAGUCUCACACAGACACUCAGAAUCCACUCAUGGCCAGCAUGGAGUUCAACAUGGAGAGUCAGGAUCCUCAGUUCAAGGGAGACAGGGAACUACUCACAGACAGGCAGGAGACACCACUAGACAGGGCCAGUCUGGUCAUGAGCAGUACCCAAGGUCAGGGUCCAGUUCAACUGGAGUAAGGGGAUCUAGUCACAGCCAGGUCAGCGAUAGUGAAGAGCACUCCGGAGUCUCACAAAGACACUCAGAAUCCACUCAUGGCCAGCACGGAGUUCAACAUGGAGAGUCAGGAUCCUCAGUUCAAGGGAGACGGGGAACUACUCACAGACAGUCAGGAGACACCACUAGACAUGGCCAGUUCGGUCAUGAGCAGUACCCAAGGUCAGGGUCCAGGACAACUGGAGGAAGGGGGUCUAGUGAAAGCCAGGCCAGUGACAGUGAAGAGCACUCCGGAGUCUCACACAGACACUCAGAAUCCACUCAUGGCCAGCAUGGAGUUCAACAUGGAGAGUCAGGAUCCACCGUUCAAGGGAGACAGGGAACUACUCAUAGACAGUCUGGAGACACCACUAGACAUGGGCAGUCUGGUCAUGAGCAGUACCCAAGGUCAGGGUCCAGUACAACUGGAAGAAGGGGGUCUAGUGAAAGCCAGGCCAGUGACAGUGAAGAGCACUCCGGAGUCUCACACAGACACUCAGAAUCCACUCAUGGCCAGCAUGGAGUUCAACAUGGAGAGUCAGGAUCCUCAGUUCAAGGGAGACAGGGAACUACUCACAGACAGGCAGGAGACACCACUAGACACGGCCAGUCUGGUUAUGAGCAGUACCCAAGGUCAGGGUCCAGUUCAACUGGAGGAAGGGGAUCUAGUCACAGCCAGGUCAGCGAUAGUGAAGAGCACUCCGGAGUCUCACACAGACACUCAGAAUCCACUCAUGGCCAGCACGGAGUUCAACAUGGAGAGUCAGGGUCCUCAGUUCAAGGGAGACAGGGAACUACUCAUAGACAGGCAGGAGACACCACUAGACAUGGCCAGUCCGGUCAUGAGCAGUACCCAAGGUCAGGGUCCAGUUCAACUGGAGGAAGGGGAUCUAGUCACAGCCAGGUCAGCGAUAGUGAAGAGCACUCCGGAGUCUCACAAAGACACUCAGAAUCCACUCAUGGCCAGCACGGAGUUCAACAUGGAGAGUCAGGAUCCUCAGUUCAAGGGAGACAGGGAACUACUCACAGACAGUCAGGAGACACCACUAGACAUGGCCAGUUCGGUCAUGAGCAGUACCCAAGGUCAGGGUCCAGGACAACUGGAGGAAGGGGGUCUAGUGAAAGCCAGGCCAGUGACAGUGAAGAGCACUCCGGAGUCUCACACAGACACUCAGAAUCCAGUCAUGGCCAGCAUGGAGUUCAACAUGGAGAGUCAGGAUCCACCGUUCAAGGGAGACAGGGAACUACUCAUAGACAGUCUGGAGACACCACUAGACAUGGGCAGUCUGGUCAUGAGCAGUACCCAAGGUCAGGGUCCAGUUCAACUGGAGGAAGGGGAUCUAGUCACAGCCAGGUCAGCGAUAGUGAAGAGCACUCCGGAGUCUCACACAGACACUCAGAAUCCACUCAUGGCCAGCAUGGAGUUCAACAUGGAGAGUCAGGAUCCUCAGUUCAAGGGAGACAGGGAACUACUCACAGACAGGCAGGAGACACCACUAGACAGGGCCAGUCUGGUCAUGAGCAGUACCCAAGGUCAGGGUCCAGUUCAACUGGAGUAAGGGGAUCUAGUCACAGCCAGGUCAGCGAUAGUGAAGAGCACUCCGGAGUCUCACAAAGACACUCAGAAUCCACUCAUGGCCAGCACGGAGUUCAACAUGGAGAGUCAGGAUCCUCAGUUCAAGGGAGACGGGGAACUACUCACAGACAGUCAGGAGACACCACUAGACAUGGCCAGUUCGGUCAUGAGCAGUACCCAAGGUCAGGGUCCAGGACAACUGGAGGAAGGGGGUCUAGUGAAAGCCAGGCCAGUGACAGUGAAGAGCACUCCGGAGUCUCACACAGACACUCAGAAUCCACUCAUGGCCAGCAUGGAGUUCAACAUGGAGAGUCAGGAUCCACCGUUCAAGGGAGACAGGGAACUACUCAUAGACAGUCUGGAGACACCACUAGACAUGGGCAGUCUGGUCAUGAGCAGUACCCAAGGUCAGGGUCCAGUACAACUGGAAGAAGGGGGUCUAGUGAAAGCCAGGCCAGUGACAGUGAAGAGCACUCCGGAGUCUCACACAGACACUCAGAAUCCACUCAUGGCCAGCAUGGAGUUCAACAUGGAGAGUCAGGAUCCUCAGUUCAAGGGAGACAGGGAACUACUCACAGACAGGCAGGAGACACCACUAGACACGGCCAGUCUGGUUAUGAGCAGUACCCAAGGUCAGGGUCCAGGACAACUGGAGGAAGGGGGUCUAGUGAAAGCCAGGCCAGUGACAGUGAAGAGCACUCCGGAGUCUCACACAGACACUCAGAAUCCACUCAUGGCCAGCAUGGAGUUCAACAUGGAGAGUCAGGAUCCACCGUUCAAGGGAGACAGGGAACUACUCAUAGACAGUCUGGAGACACCACUAGACAUGGGCAGUCUGGUCAUGAGCAGUACCCAAGGUCAGGGUCCAGUUCAACUGGAGGAAGGGGAUCUAGUCACAGCCAGGUCAGCGAUAGUGAAGAGCACUCCGGAGUCUCACACAGACACUCAGAAUCCACCCAUGGCCAGCAUGGAGUUCAACAUGGAGAGUCAGGAUCCUCAGUUCAAGGGAGACAGGGAACUACUCACAGACAGGCAGGAGACACCACUAGACACGGCCAGUCUGGUCAUGAGCAGUACCCAAGGUCAGGGUCCAGUUCAACUGGAGGAAGGGGAUCUAGUCACAGCCAGGUCAGCGAUAGUGAAGAGCACUCCAGAGUCUCACACAGACACUCAGAAUCCACUCAUGGCCAGCAUGGAGUUCAACAUGGAGAGUCAGGAUCCUCAGUUCAAGGGAGACAGGGAACUACUCACAGACAGGCAGGAGACACCACUAGACACGGCCAGUCUGGUCAUGAGCAGUACCCAAGGUCAGGGUCCAGUACAACAGGAGGAAGGGGGUCUAGUGAAAGCCAGGCCAGUGACAGUGAAGAGCACUCCGGAGUCUCACACAGACACUCAGAGUCCACUCAUGGUCAGCAUAGAGUUCAACGUGGAGAGUCAGGAUCCUCAGUUCCAAGGACACAGGAAACUACUCACAGACAGGCAGGAGACACCACUAGACAGGGCCAGUCUCGUCAUGAGCAAUACCCAAGGUCAGGGUCCAGUACAACAGGAGGAAGGGGAUCUAGUCACAGGCAGGCCAGUGACAGUGAAGAGCACUCAGGAGUCUCUCACAGACACUCAGAAUCCACUCAUGGCCAGCAUGGAGUUCAACAUGGAGAGUCAGGAUCUUCAGUUAAAGGGAGACAGGGAACUACUCAGAGACAUUCAGAAGAUACCAGGAGAUCUGUGCAGUCUGGUCAUGAGCAAUACCCUGGAUCGAGUCGUGGCUGGAAACAUGGAAGCUAUGGACGUGCAGAAUAUGACUAUGGACAGUCUGGGUUUGGGCCUACUGGGGGCAGUAGCACAAGCAGCCGUAAUUCUAGCCCUUUGAGGUUAACAGAUAUAGGUACAAAUAAGCAAGUGUAUAGACAUGAACAAUCAUUUUCUAGUUUUGAUCAUAGAGGAUCCAAAGCAAUCAUAAGAACUGGAAGGCAGGGCUCAAAUCAUGGACAGUCAGAGCCAAGUCAUGGGCAAUCAAUUGAUUCCCAUAAUCAGUCUGUAUCCAGUGUAACUAGAUGGCAGAGAUCUAGUAAUGGGCAUUCAGUAGUAACUCAUGAACAUUUAAAUGACAUCCAUGUUCAAGCUGGAUAUAGCACAGCCAGAAGGCAAGGAUCUAUUGAUAGUCAGUCUAGUGAACACUUUGCAUCUGGCCAUGAACAAUCCACAUCAGCUCAUGGCCACUCUGAAUCUAGUUCAACUAGAAUGCAGGGAUCCUACAGUGACAAUAAAGAGCACUCAGAAGAUUGGGGGAAACAGAACCACGAACAAUUUUUAUCUGGGCAUGGUGAAAUAAAUGAAAUUCGAAGAGAUUAA